GGUAGCGCUCACUCGUAGAAAAGUAAUUACGACGCCAGCAUCGCCAGCAGUUUGAUCCACACGCGUUUCUUCUUUCUUGAAGUUGUUAGUUGAACGACGGUUGAUCGAUCGGUGGCGCAUCAGUUUCCUCCCACCACCCCGAGAUCGUGUAUAGUGUCGUAUACAGGCCACAAGUGGUAACCCUGAACAGAACGGAUUCUCAUAUCGACCGAUCAGUCAGCGAUCGAACAGUUUGUUGGAAAGAGUACAGUUGCUAAUCUCUGCCUUCAUAGCAUUAGCCAGUGUUACUUAGAAAACACAACAGAAACAGUAAAUCGUGAAGUGAGUCGAGAAUCGAAUCGAAAAAAACCUUCGUGCAAAGCAGAAGCAACAGUUUGUUUUCUUGCCAUAUUCAUCAAUGUUAUGGUAAAAAAUUGAAUAACGAUUGUGCAAAUUGGAAGAACCGCGAGAAGCACGAGAGAUAGGUGAGGUGUGUGUACAAUUAGACCGCGUUCGAAUGCAGUGCAGGUUUGGUAACACAUUUCUUUUGAACUCGUUCGCCGCAAAGACCCGUUAAGGCCACCGGAGAUCUAAACCAGAGUGGUGCUUCAGUCCGGCAAUAGCAAACAGUAUUUGUAAUCGGUGCACUUGGCCAACAAAAGUGAAAACAUUUUCCAGUGUUUGGGCAAGUCUGGUAGAAGUGUUUCGGUGAAGCAAACAAAAACGCUUCCAGUACGCAGUCCGAUCAGGAACAAUCGUGCAGCAGUAGUACUAGUAGUGCCAGUACCAGUAGCCGCAGUGAAUUAGACAAGAUCAACACCAUGACGGACGUCGCCCAUGAACUCGGUGCUCUGCGGUUGAUAGUGGACUCACCGCUGUCAUCCAAAGUUGCCCUAUUUAAUGAAAAUGCCAAAAAUCACAUGGCUUCGCAAUUCGCCAAUCCCUUCUCCGAGUCGCAAGGCGUUCGCGGAAUGCAGAGACUGAAGAUCAGCAAAGAGGAGUACGGCAGACCGAAAGCCGGCAGCCUCACCGAGUACCGGGGGAAGAAAGCCAACAUCCAGGUGUACCAGGAGAUGUUGGAGCUCUGCACGGUAAUCAGCGACGAGGGUCAGCCAAUGUCGAAGCAGGACCCGAAGCUGAAGGUGAUUCUUUUCGGCGAUCUGUUCAAUAUCUACACCCACAUCAACGACAAACUGGUCGGAUUGCUGCUGCGGGCUCGCAAGCAUGAACUGAUCCAGUUCGAGGGUGAAGUGUUGUUCCAGCGCCGGGACGAUCACGUGCCAGUGUUUCUGUUGAAACCGAUCGAGGAGAUCCGGGGCAUCCUCGUCGGCAAGCAGACCGAAAUCCGUCGGAGUCUUAGCCCAAACCCUCAGCCGACCGGGUUGCUUUAAAAGGCUCGCACAGGAUCACGAACGGAACGUGAAACCGUAAACACGUGGUUGAGUUUGAAACGGUUCGCUGUGAUUGGAUUGAUUGUCGAGAGUGUGAUUGAGGAAAGCACAAAAAAACUGAGGUGACUGAGGAACGUGAGCAGAUGGACGAUAAAUUCUGAACUGAAAAUCAUUAUAUGUAUAUUUAGAAGAAGUUUUUUUUCGCCUCUCUUUCUGUCGAGAACUCAUCUUUUUUCUGGAUUCGUGAUCGACACCGUUCACGAUCACUAUUUUUGACGCAAUCAAUGGAUCAAUUGAAAGAGACGUUUUUUGUUUUUGUUUUUUGAUUGAUUGAAAGAGCUCGUAAAAAAUCUUGCGAAUUUAAAGACUUUUCGAUUUUGGUUUUUGUCCCUUGUUGUUGUUGUUACCUUUGUUUAGAACGGAGAGCCGGAAGGCUUCUCCAGUGAAUUCCAGAGUAAAAGAUUACUAACACUUAAGCAGUUAGGAGAGCAGAACCAAAAAUAGUCGAUAAGUUUACAAAGUUUUACAAAUCGUACAUAAUUUAUUCGUUUUAGAGCGCUUUCCUUGCCCUCCACAUUAUUGGAAAAACUAUAUAUUUCGUGCAAUAGGUAGAACAUAGGUUGAAUUGUUUCGUUUUUUUUUUUCGUUUGUUUUCAUUAAUUUCGUUUCACCUUCUUCUUCAAGUGCGGUAGUCACAGUAUUAUAUUACUACUUGUACACGAAAAAAAAAAAAACAAACAACAAAAGCUAGAAGAUUAACGCUAAAACGCAAAAACCGGAACUGUGUGAACCCUUGCAUGCUUGCAAGCAAGCAAGACAAACCAAAAUAGACAAACAAUAGAGGCAGAAGUAAAUCAUAGCGAAGAUAAAUCCACACAGGUGCUUGAUAAGAGCAGCCGUGGCGGUGUGUGUGGCGUGGGAAAACUUCAGUACCGCGCAAAAGCGCUAGAUUUUGCGGAAAACUUCCGCUUUGUUGGACGGACGGGUGUUUGGCCGUAAUUGGCGGAAAAGCAAAGCAAAAGUAAACACACGCCAGAUAAAGCGAAACACCGUUCGAUUGGAGUUGUUAGGUAUGUUUGUUGGCUGCGAAAAAAAAGAAGAAAAAAAGUUGAACACUGAGUAGAGUGCAAUUUGGUUAGGCGAGAGGAGGUGAGAGGAGAAGUAAUGUACUAACAUGAGUAUGUUUAUGUUUUUGGAGGGAAAUUCUUUGCCGUAGAGCAGUAAAAACGGUAGUGUAAUUAGUUCGUUAAGUAGAAGAUAAUAAAGAUACUAUCUGUUUACAUUACCAACCAUCAGGAA